GGGCGCCGACGUCACUUCCGCCCGGCCGGACCCCAAGAUGGCUGCGCUCCUGCUGAGGCACGUUGGCCACCACUGCCUGCGAGCCCACGUGGGGCCCCGGCUCUGCGUCCAAAAUGCGGCGGCCCUGGGCACCACGGCCAAGGAGGAGAUGGAGCGUUUCUGGCGGAAGAACACGGGCUCCAACCGGCCGCUGUCCCCCCACAUCACCAUCUACAGCUGGUCCUUGCCCAUGAUGAUGUCCAUCUGUCACCGCGGCACCGGCGUGGCCCUGAGCGCAGGCGUCUCGCUGUUCGGCCUCUCGGCCCUGGUGGUCCCCGGGAGCUUCGAGUCCCACCUGGAGCUGGUCAGAUCCCUGUACCUGGGCCCGGCCCUGAUCCACAGCGCCAAGUUCGCCCUGGCCUUCCCGCUCAUGUACCACACCUGGAACGGCGUCAGGCACCUGAUGUGGGACCUGGGGAAGGGUCUGAAGAUCCCGCAGCUCUACCAGUCCGGAGUGGCCGUGCUGGUCCUCACCGUGCUCACCUCCGCGGGGCUGGCGGCCCUGUGAGGGGCUGUGUCCCCCGGGACCCCGCAGGCCCCCUCCCCGCCCCACAGCCCCCGCUUGUCUCUCGCCUUCGUCCCGGCCGCCGGUUCCGUCCUUCCCCGGACAGCGGGUGACGGCAACGCUGGAGCAGGCGUGGGGCCUGGGGUUUGAGCCUGGGUCCGCCGCCCCCAUCGCGUGCACACAAGAGCCGCAGGGGGACCCCAACGGGACUGGGCGCCGGGGGCCGGGCAGGUUGCUUGUUGGGCAGAGGAAGACGCAGAACACUAUCUAUCACCGACUAUUCCAGAUUCUUCUUCCGCUUGAAAAAAAUGAGCCUCCUUGCUAAUCCACGUCACAUGACGCCUUCUCGAUAGCCGAAUUAAAAUACUAAUUUGUCUUGGA